UUUGUGCACUUCAUAUUUGCAGACGCUGACUUUACCUUACUAUGGGCAACCUUGUUAGGGAGCAAGCCAGGUAACAACACCUGUCCCGUAAUUUUAUUGAUCAAGAACUCCAGGCAGUCGCCACUGCUGGCAAUGUACAAGGAGUUUUUCAAUAUAGAUAUAUUGUAACCAGUGGCCUGUAUUGAUGGAGGCUUCCCCCCCAAAAAAGUAUUAUAAUAACAUUAAAUAAUGUAUCUUUCGUCUCUGUGUUUCAUAAUUGUCCUUCAAUUCGCAAGAGGCUGAAUGUAUCUCACAGGAGAAAGCAUCCGAGGCGAGCGAAACAGCGACCUCUGUCUCUCUACGUGUAGGCCAUCUAUCUGAUACUGUCUGGUGCAAACGAGUAUGACAUUGUUGUGCCCGUAGCAUUGAAUAUAAGGGAACCCAGCGAGCAUUUGGCCACAGAUAGAACAAUGAGACAGGUAUUUCACUGGAUGUAUAAAUGUGAAGCAUCCUCUUGGCGUUUCCACUCACUACCAAAUAUGUACUCAAAGCAACCUUUACCUUGGUUGCUUACCCUCAAGGUUCAAGAGGGGCCAAUUACAACAAGGUGUAGGGACUAGGGGGCUCAUUUAUCAAUCAUGCGUAGGCACAGAGUAAACCAUGCGUGGGAUCAUUUCCACCCACAGUGUGCGAUUUUUCAAUAUGAACGUUUGCUUGAGUGUGCGUAAAUUUGCACAUGGUCAUGACAUGCUUAAUUAUGCACAGUGCCAAGUGAUGGAACAAGGGAACUGCUUGUCAAGCCUAUAAUGGGGAAAAUAUACACUAUAUAUACAAAAGAAUGUGGACACCCCUUCAAAUUAGUGGAUUUGGCUAUUUCAGCCACACCCGUUGCUGUCAGGUGUAUAAAAUUGAGCACUGCAAUCUCCAUAGACAAACAUUGGCAGUAGAAUGGCCUUACUGAAGAGCUCAGUGACUUUCAACGUGGCACCGUCAUAGGAUGCCACCUUUCCAACAAGUCAGUUCGUCAAAUUUCUGCCCUGCUAGAGCUGCCCCGGUCAACUGUAAGUGCUGUUAUUGUGAAGUGGAAAAGUCUAGGAGCAACAACGGCUGGCGAAGUGGUAGGCCACACAAGCUCACAGAACGGGACCACCAAGUGCUGAAGCAUGGAGCGCGUAAAAAUCGAGCAGCACACAAGCCUAAGAUCACCAUGUGCAAUGCCAAGCGUUGGCUGGAGUGAUGUAAAGCUCGCCGCCAUUGGACUCUGGCGCAGUGGAAACGCGUUCUCUGGAGUGAUGAAUCACGUGCACCAUCUGGCAGUCCGAAAGACGAAUCUGGGUUUGGCGGAUGCCAGGAGAACGAUUCCUGCCCGAAUGCAGAGUGCAGACUGUAAAGUUUGGUGGAGGAGGAAUAAUGGUCUGGGGCUGUUUUGCAUGGUUUGGGCUAGGCCCCUUAGUUCCAGUCAAGGGAAAUAUUAACGCUACAGCAUACAAUGAUAUUCUAGACGAUUCUGUGCUUCCAAAUUUGUGGCAACAGUUUGGGAAAGGCCCUUUCCUGUUUCAGCAUGACAAUGCCCCCGUGCACAAAGCGAGGUCCAUAAAGAAACGUUUUGUCGAGAUCAGUGUGGAAGAACUUGACAGACCUGCACAGAGCCCUGACCUCAACCCCAUCGAACACCUUUGGGAUGAAUUGGAACGCCGACUGCGAGCCAGGCCUAAUCGCCCAACAUCAGUGCCCGACCUCACUAAUGCUGUUGUGGCUGAAUGGAAGCAAGUCCCCGCAGCUAUGUUCCAACAUCUAGUGGAAAGCCUUCCCAGAAGAGUGGAGGCUGUUAUAACAGCAAAGGAGGGACCAACUCCAUAUUAAUGCCCGUGAAUGAGAUGUUCGAGGAGCAGGUGUCCACAUACCUUUGGCCAUGUAGGGUAUGUUGAAAAUGUGUGAAAUUGUGAGAGUAAUAAUUAAAGCAUGUUUUGAUUUCAUUGUAUUUCCAUUGUGAAUUCAUGCAACAUAUCUUGACAUAUCAGUGCAUUUGUUACGAUAAUAAUCCAUAUAAAGUACAGUAAUUUGUUAAAUUAGAGGUACAUGUGAAAGUGAAACCAUUGUUGAAAUCAGUGACGAUUUUAGCAUGUAAAUCUUGGUGGGGCAAACAAAAACUAAAAUUGGGGGAUGCAUGCCAGCAAAAGCCACUACACAACACAACACUAAACAAUACAUUAAUUGCACUAUAACGGUGACAAAUGGUGCCCACAAACUGUUAGGGCCUAAAUAAUGCUGUCCCAACAGCAGAGUCCCAACAGCAGUCCCAACACCUUACCACUGGUACACCUGGCUAUCAGCGGAGCCUUGUCUGGCAGCGAAACAGUUCAUUCAGCCUCAUUUACUGCCUUUAAAAAAAACAUAGCUGAUAUGGCUGACUUGCUUAAACAGAUGUGGUUUCUACUGACAAUUGAGAUGUACAAACUAGGGCAUAAGGAGACAACAAGCGGAUAAGAGGCAAUAAGUAAUUUCGAUUAAGACAUUAAUGAGCGAGCUAGGACGGACGUAGUCAAUAUAACUAUUUGUUCAACACUUUUGAAAUAUACAGUGACAGAAUUCAGAACAUGGGCCGUUCUUACAGUGUUCUCCCUGUACACCAAGUCAGAACCGUAAAGGGGGCAUAUAAUCAGACAAUGAAAGCGCUUACAAUAUUCAAUGAUUACAUUUCUCUAAAACAGGUUAUAGGCUACAUGUGCACCACCAAGUCAGAACAGUAGGCAAAAUUAAGAGGGGAAAAUAGACAAAAUUAUUAGGGUGAUGCAAAUGGGCUACAAACAGCUUACUACACAACAUACACUUAGUAUUACUUUCUUAGCUAUAGUAUACAAUCAUGUCAAAUCCGUUACUAUGUUGUGAUGUCAUUAAAGACGGUGGAACAACAUAACUGUAUCUCUGGGUGUGUACACUUCCCAGUUAUGAGGUUUGCAUCUAAUUGUUGUAUAAAAUGAAUGAUUAAGUAUAACAAUACUUUUGUGAAGAUAACAAUGUGAAUUUAGCAUUCUAGAUGAGAUGAUUGUUUUCCAUAUUGAUUUGUUCUUAGUCAGUGGCCACGCCCAGAUGAGCACAAACAUGAUGGAAAGCCCCUUUUACCCCGAGUGCAUAAAAAGCCUUGUGACUAAAUUUACCUCAGACCAGGAAGCCCCAUGGCUUAAAAUGGUUGACACUCUACAAGACCAGCAGACGUGAAGCGUGAGCUAAACGUUACACAUUGGUUUAAAACUACAACUCCAUUACCAAAGGAAGACCAGCAGACGUGAAGCGUGAGCUAAAUGUUGCAAAUGGUUGAAUUUCUACCAGACCAGGAAGCGUGAAGCUGAAGCUGCAUGUUACAAAAUGGUUAGACCAGAAAGACCAGAAAACGUGAGACGUUAGUCCACACGUUUGAAAUGGAGAAACUCUGAAACUCUCAACCUCUACACGAGGUGAAGAAGAAGACAAUGCACUAGACCUUAUCAUCUCAGUCUGCAGCUGGCAUGUAUAGUCGUCUAGAGAACUUUCACUAAAGACAUGAGUUGGGAAGGACAAUCCCUCUCAGACAACCGCUGGUACAUCUAAAGAAUCCAUUCUAACCACAACUACGACCAGAAACUUUACCAAGGACACUGGGAUCUCUGGUGGGCAAACCAGAGUCCUACAUCAUCAACUCAACUAUCGAGGACAGCUACACGUAAAUACAUGUUGCAUUUCUAAUCCGAAUGAGCGUUUAGUGGGGUUUUAAGCAUUUGUAUUUCCGUGAGCAUAGUUUCCAAAGUAACCACGAUAGUUUGAAUCUCUGUCUUUCCCUUCCACUCUGACCCUCCUUCUACCCAAGCAUUCAUGCUAUUGUUAGUCCAGUCCACUAGGGACCUGUUUUCAUUGUAUUACGUUAGUAAUCAAUAACCUAUGUGUGUGUGUGUUUGUAUUGUGUUAUUAUUUAGUUAGUUAGUAAAUAAAUAAUUAAGCCAAUUUGUGUAUUGCUGAUUCAUCAAUAAGGUCAGGGUUCUUGCAGGUUCAAGGAUUCUGCGACGUUCCGAAUGAGACUGAUAAGAGGUAAUUAUUUGAUAAGUGACUGUUAUCGAUAUAUAAAAUAAAUAUAUUCUAAGAGUUUAAUUCGGGAGAUGGUAACUCGUUAAACAACUUCUUCCGUGGUGCCCCAAAUUCCUGAUGAGUUAAUUGUUACAUGAUUAAUUUAAUCGAGUGACAAUUAAACAUAGUUAGGCGAUUCGAUAAAUAACAGUCAUACAUUAAAGUAAGUCACGUCACGACAAUGGCUUAUUGGUGAGUGCCUACUCAUUUGAAGUAUAUUUGCCAUUGCUAAAGCAACUUGAGUUGUCCUAGUGGUCCUUUCUUUUUUAUUUUUACUGAUCAAGCCACAACUGAGCGAGCCAAAUAAAACCUUUUGGUUGUCCUCAAUCUCUGACACUAGCACCUGUAUUUCAGUCUCGUAAAAGUUUUUUUUUCUUAGCUAUUUUGGAUUGCGCCCUUGUAUUUCAUGGUACCGCGUUGUAUAUUCCCAACGGGGUUUAAAGGUAUGAUUUUGACCAUAUUUGGUUAAUUAGGGGCGUUUCGAAAUGCAAACUGCCAUGGUCGUGCACGAGCACUGAGGCUGAGAACAGAGUGACAAGAUGGUAGUCAGGGGAACCCAUUGAGGGUGGUAAAAAGGCGGGCAGGAAAAAAAGGAAGGAAGUGGAACAUAUUAAGAGGAAAUAUGGAGUACUGCAGAAGGAAAUUGAACAUGAUGAGAGUGAGGAUUAAUUAACUGCGGUGUCAGGUGCAGUAAAGACCAUAGAGUUUGAGCCUCUUCCCGAUGGUGAUAAAUACGUUUUUUUGCCCAGUGUGUGAGAUCUUGGGAGAGAAUGGAUCCUUGCCUUCUGGCUGAUCCAUAUGUGAUGUCAGGUUGGAUGGAGAAGAGGUUGGGGAAAGUUGGGUCGGUGAAAGUGACUGGAAGGGGAAUUGUGUCGAUUUUUUGUGUUUCUGCCAUUCAGAGCGAGCAUGCGCUUAGCACCACGCGACUGGAGACAAGAACUGUGAUUUGCUUUCCUCUCAGGAGCAGGGUGCCAUUGAAAGGAGUGAUAACUGGAGUGGCGUUAAAUGUUGAGCAGGGCCAACUAAAGUUGAAGAUUCCUGGUAUCUGAAACAGAGAAGACACUGUCUGUACUACUGAAUUUUUAUGUUUUUACUAGAUAAAGUCAAGUUAGGAUGUGUCAGUUAUGCCGUGAGAGAUGUUGGCGCAAACCCAUUACGGUGUUUUAGGUAUCAAGCUUAUGGUCAUGUGGCAGCAGUGUGUAGGAGGGAGAUUCCUAGAUGUGAGAAGUGUGCAGGAGGACAUGAGACAAAGGAAUGUGUAGUAUCAGUGGAAAAGGUUGUGUGUGUAAACUGUAGGGGUACCCAUGGUGCUGGAGAUCAGAGGUGGCUGGUGAGAGAAAGGCAGGUUGGGGUUGCCAGGAUCAGAGUAGUGCAUAAGGUGUCGUAUGCUGAGGCAGUGAAGAGAGUAGUAGAGGAAGAUGGGUCCAGGGUGAGGGAUCCUAAGAGGAUCCCUGUGAGCAGGCCGAGGUCAAUAGAGAGUGAUAGGAAUAACAUGUGCUUCAGUAUUUCUCUUAUUUUUUUGCUGUUCAUGGCCAUGGUUGUCAACUGUACUGCAGGAAUGGAACGUAAAUCACAGAGGAUGGAUGUUGUGGUGGCAGCUGCAGAGAAGUACCUGGGUGUACAAGAUUUUAUUGCAGAAGAGUUACAAGGUGUUUUGAACGAUAGUGUCCCGUCCUCCCAGGUUGAUGGCCUGGUGUAGGAUCAGAUAGGGCCAAAGUAGUGGAAUAGUGAUGAGGUUUUAAUGGGUGUAUGGUUAGUUGGUAGGGCAAUUUUUACACAAAGUGUAAUGAAUUUAUACUACAGAAUAGUAGGCUGAUACACAGACAAUAUAGUAGGUGGCGGCAUGCACCUAUAACAUUUGUUUGCGGACCACCAUAAUACCAAAGAAGAAGAGACUGAGAACAAUUGGUAUUUAUCUAUGGUUUUCUCCUAUCGGUGUGUGUAAGACACUCGUAGGAUUGUUUGAUAAAUCAUACUUUUUCUAUGCGUUUGACCAUUGUAAAUUCAGUUCGUAAGUAGUAUUUUAGAAUAGUUUAUAUGCAGUAUUGAUAAAUGAGGCCGCUGGUCUAUAAUGGUUGAAAAAGGUGGGUAACCAGGUAAUAGGGGAUAUGAAAGCCACAACUGUACUAUGAUACAAUAUGACCCUCCACCAGCACUCUCAAACAAGGCUGUAGCAGAGAGGAAGAGCGAGGCCCAACUCGGUGGAAAAUCUCCCUCCCCUUUUAUUGUUUCGCCCACCAAGCAUGGAGGUCAAAAUGAGUGUCGAAUUUGGUCAACAAAAAAAUAUAUCUUAUUUGCUAUGUGAGGUUUAUUUGAUUGAAUAUACGUUUUGUAACGCUUAAGUUGUUACGAGUGUACUGAUAUAAGUAGGACAGGUGACAUCCCGACAACUUUGAGAAAAAACACUUUAUAUUGGAGUUGUCUCGAGAUGGCUAUGCAUAUUCAUGGCAUGAGGCUAGUAGCAUAGCAUCUCUCUCAUCGAAUAUUCAAAAAAGGAUUACAAUAAUGAGAUGUAUCCACCAAUCCAAAGAAAGGGUUGGAGGGAGCUAGACAGCCCACAGUGCCGCUUUGUGGACAACAACUCCCAUUGUUAGGGCGGAGAGACAUGUAUCUUCUUGUCAGUAUAUCCAUAAUCUUUGGCUGUAGUACUGUUUCUCAGUAUUUUCAGGUCAGAGGUUGAAGAACCCUAGCCUGGUGGAACCAGCCUGAUCGCUUCAUUCACCAUUCUAUUUCCCUUCAAAUAGAAUGGUGAACACAGCAAUCAGGCUGGUUCCACCAGGCUAUGAACAGUGAACACCCUACUGUACUCUACCUACAAACAGGCACAGUAUUAGCUGUGAACAGUAACACAAUUGGCUGGUUGUCUUCUAGAGACCAAGUUGAAUGGACUGGUGGUAUAGGGGAGGAGCUGGCUUACCAACUAGCUGGAUGUGGGUCUCGUCUGAUUCUAUCAGCCUGCUGAGUGGAUGAGUUGGAUCAGGUGAAACGUCACUGUUUGGGUGAGUGAGAAUGUUCUGCAGUCUAAUGAAGGCCACACAUGCUCUUGCACACCAUUGUGUUGAUUAACUUGACUAUUAAGAAUGAAACAUUUCAUAGCCUACCACUUCGAUGCAUUAACAGUAGUAAUUGUGAUUUUAUACACCUCCUAGCCCCGCAAUUUCUGACCGGGUUAACAUUUAAAAUGUUUCUUCCCCAAGAGCGCUCCAACUUACAAGAGAAGGACAUUCUUGUACUUCCACUUGAUUUGCUGGAGAGGGCAUCCCAUGAGGCAAAAACUAAAACUUGCUAUCCUGCACUUUGGCAAUGUAAGGCUACUACGCUAAUUUAUAACUCUCCCUUAUCACUCUAUCUCAGUGGGAUUUUAAGUAAGCUUAAUUUAACUUUAGUGUCUGACAAUUUCCACUCAAUCAAGGUUGAAGAAGUAACCAUUCAUUAGUCACGUAGGACAUAGUUUCUUAGCAUUUACUUAAUAGUCUGGCCAGACUGGCCUUACUUAUUUAAAAGACAAGACAUUGUAUUCAACAGACAUGCUCACUACCAACCAGCUCCCAGAGGCAAAUUAUGCACAUGCUCAACAUGAAAAUGGAAUUCAAGGCUAAGUUCAGUUGUGAUAGGUGAUUUGAAGGAGUCAGGCGCAGGAGGGUAAAUCACAGAAUACAGAAUUUAUUCCGGAAUACAGAGUUACACAGAAAUGCGUCAAACAGUCCAGUGCGCAAAACAGGCGCACUGGAACCAAACAGGCACACAGGGGGAAAAAAUACCCUGGCAAUACAAAAUACACAGAGCUCAACCGAGCUACACUCUCCUCACAAUAAACAGUCACACACAAGGACAAGGGGGCAGAGGGAACACUUAUACAAGUACUAAUGAGGCGAUAUGAACCAGGUGUGUGUAAUAAACAAGACAAAACAAAUGGAAUGAUGAGAUGAGGAGCGGCUGUGGCUAGAAGGCCGGUGACGACGAACGCCAAAGCCUGUCCAAACCAGGAGAGGAGGCAGCUUCGGAGGAUGUCGUGACACCAGUACAGCUCAGUCUUAUUAGAUGUGUUGUCUUAUUCUAAGGGCUCUAUUUUAUAAAGCCUAACACAAUAGUAAAGGUUUGGGGGUGUGUCAGAAAUAUUUGUGCUAUUUUCACAACCAGAAUUAUGUGAGCAGUAGCUGGCGGUGGCAUGUAAAGGCUGGGUUUUGAUGAAUAAACAAGUUGUAGGUGUGUCUCUAGGCUUGACUCCUCACUGGCCAAUCAGAACGUGCUCCAUGGCAAAAUAUGUGGUUGCUUUAAUCCGUGUAUUUAGUAUUUUAUGUUUUGCAUUGUCAUCAACUCCAAUUAGAAUGUUAGUCCGUUACAGCCUAGUUUGUUAAAUAGCCUACAGAAACAAAAUAACAAAAUAUAGGAUAUCCCAUAUUUGCUAAAUAUGUUGAACAUGUUUGCAGUCCACAUUGUUCUAAUUAAAUGCAUGGCUUCAAUAUGGAAAAAUAUUGUUACAGUGGGGAAAAAAAGUAUUUAGUCAGCCACCAAUUGUGCAAGUUCUCCCACUUAAAAAGAUGAGAGAGGCCUGUAAUUUUCAUCAUAGGUACACGUCAACUAUGACAGACAAAUUGAGAGAAAAAAAUCCAGAAAAUCACAUUGUAGGAUUUUUAAUGAAUUUAUUUGCAAAUUAUGGUGGAAAAUAAGUAUUUGGUCAAUAACAAAUGUUUCUCAAUACUUUGUUAUAUACCCUUUGUUGGCAAUGACACAGGUCAAACGUUUUCUGUAAGUCUUCACAAGGUUUUCACACACUGUUGCUGGUAUUUUGGCCCAUUCCUCCAUGCAGAUCUCCUCUAGAGCAAUGAUGUUUUGGGGCUGUCGCUGGGCAACACGGACUUUCAACUCCCUCCAAAGAUUUUCUAUGGGGUUGAGAUCUGGAGACUGGCUAGGCCACUCCAGGAUCUUGAAAUGCUUCUUACGAAGCCACUCCUUCGUUGCCCGGGCGGUGUGUUUGGGAUCAUUGUCAUGCUGAAAGACCCAGCCACGUUUCAUCUUCAAUGCCCUUGCUGAUGGAAGGGGGUUUUCACUCAAAAUCUCACGAUACAUGGCCCCAUUCAUUCUUUCCUUUACACGGAUCAGUCGUCCUGGUCCCUUUGCAGAAAAACAGCCCCAAAGCAUGAUGUUUCCACCCCCAUGCUUCACAGUAGGUAUGGUGUUCUUUGGAUGCAACUCAGCAUUCUUUGUCCUCCAAACACGACGAGUUGAGUUUUUACCAAAAAGUUAUAUUUUGGUUUCAUCUGACCAUAUGACAUUCUCCCAAUCCUCUUCUGGAUCAUCCAAAUGCACUCUAGCAAACUUCAGACGGGCCUGGACAUGUACUGGCUUAAGCAGGGGGCACUGCAGGAUUUGAGUCCCUGGCGGCGUAGUGUGUUACUGAUGGUAGGCUUUGUUACUUUGGUCCCAGCUCUCUGCAGGUCAUUCACUAGGUCCCCCCGUGUGGUUCUGGGAUUUUUGCUCACCGUUUUUGUGAUCAUUUUGACCCCACGGGGUGAGAUCUUGCGUGGAGCCCCGAAUCGAGGGAGAUUAUCAGUGGUCUUGUAUGUCUUCCAUUUCCUAAUAAUUGCUCCCACAGUUGAUUUCUUCAAACCAAGCUGCUUACCUAUUGCAGAUUCAGUCUUCCCAGCCUGGUGCAGGUCUACAAUUUUGUUUCUGGUGUCCUUUGACAGCUCUUUGGUCUUGGCCAUAGUGGAGUUUGGAGUGUGACUGUUUGAGGUUGUGGACAGGUGUCUUUUAUACUGAUAACAAGUUCAAACAGGUGCCAUUAAUACAGGUAACGAGUGGAGGACAGAGGAGCCUCUUAAAGAAGAAGUUACAGGUCUGUGAGAGCCAGAAAUCUUGCUUGUUUGUAGGUGACCAAAUACUUAUUUUCCACCAUAAUUUGCAAAUAAAUUCAUUAAAAAUCCUACAAUGUGAUUUUCUGGAUUUCUUUUUCUCAAUUUGUCUGUCAUAGUUGACGUGUACCUAUGAUGAAAAUUACAGGCCUCUCUCAUCUUUUUAAGUGGGAGAACUUGCACAAUUGGUGGCUGACUAAAUACUUUUUUUCCCGACUGUACAUAGCAUUCACACUGAUAUAGGCCUACUGUAGGCCUAAAAUGCAUUAUGUCUGAGCCAUGGACUUGCCAAACGGUGUCAAUGAUCAAGAUUCAAUUCACUAUUCAUAAGAUCUAAAAAGACACUGAAUAAUUCUAAUCCAAGUCUAAAAAAAUAAAACUUGUUUUAAAUUAUCUAAAUACAGUUACAGGCACCAUAAUUGCUCCCUGUUGGCAUAUAAUAUUAGGCCUAAGACAACAUAGACUAUGGAGGGUUUUGCGCACAUCCAAACUGUUCACAGGAGCUGGAAAAAGAUCCAAUAUAAAGAGAAAGUGGAAAUGGAAAUGUCUACUUAAGCAAUAAGGCAUGAGGGUGUGUGGUAAACACACACCCUCAUGAGUGAGCUCGCUCUCGCUUCGUGUCUUCCUCUCUGCUGAAACCAUAUCACCGGAGAAAGCAUCCAAGCGAGCGAAACAGUGCCCCUUCUAUGGUCGUGUCUACACUUGACACUUACAGUGCCUUGCAAAAGUAUUCAUCCCCCUUGGCAUUUUUCCUAUUUUGUUGCAUUACAAUCUGUACUUUAAAUUGAUUUUUAUUUGGAUUUCAUGUAAUGGACAUACACAAAAUAGUCCAAAUUGGUGAAGUGAAAUGAAAAAAAGAACUUGUUUCCACAAAUUAUACAAAAUAAAUCACGGAAAAGUGGUGCGUGCAUAUGUAUUCACCCCCUUUGCUAUGAAGCCCCUAAAUAAGAUCUGGUGCAUCCAAUUACCUUCAGAAGUCACAUAGUUAGUUAAAUAAAGUCCACCUGUGUGCAUUCUAAGUGUCACAUGAUCUCAUUAUAUAUACACCUGUUCUGAAAGGCCCCAGAGUCUGCAACACCACUAAGCAAGGGGCACCACCAAGCAAGCGGCACCAUGAAGACCAAGGAGCUCUCCAAACAGGUCAGGGACAUAUUUGUGGAGAAGUACAGAUCAGGGUUGGGUUAUAAAAAAAGAUCAGAAACUUUGAACAUCCCAGGGAGCACCAUUAAAUCCAUUAUAAAAAAUGGAAAGAAUAUGGCACCACAACAAACCUGCCAAGAGAGGGCCGCCCACCAAAACUCACGGACCAGGCAAGGAGGGCAUUAAUCAGAGAGGCAAAAAAGAGACCAAAGAUUACCCUGAAGGAGCUGCAAAGCUCCACAGUGGAUAUUGUAGUAUCUGUCCAUAGGACCACUUUAAGCCGUACACUCCACAGAGCUGGGCUUUAUGGAAGAGUGGCCAGAAAAAAGCCAUUGUUUAAAGGAAAAAAUAAGCAAACACGUUUGGUGUUCGCCAAAAGGCAUGUGGGAGACUCCCCAAACAUAUGGAAGAAGGUACUCUGGUCAGAUGAGACUGAAAUUGAGCUUUUUGGCCAUCAAGGAAAACGCUAUGUCUGGGGCAAACCCAACACUUCUCAUCACCCUGAGAACACCAUCCCCACAGUGAAGCAUGGUGGUGGCAGCAUCAUGCUGUGGGGAUAUUUUUCAUCGGCAGGGACUGGGAAACUGGUCAGAAUUGAAGGAAUGAUGGAUGGAGCUAAAUACAGGGAAAUUAUUGAGGGAAACCUGUUUCAGUCCUCCAUAGAUUUGAGACUGGGACGGAGGUUCACCUUCCAGCAGGACAAUGACCCUAAGCAUACUGCUAAAGCAACACUCAAAUGGUUUAAGGGGAAACAUUUAAAUGUCUUGGAAUGGCCUAGUCAAAGCCCAGACCUCAAUCCAAUUGAGAAUCUGUGGUAUGACUUAAAGAUUGCUGUACACCAGCGGAACCCAUCCAACUUGAAGGAGCUGGAGCGGUUUUGCCUUGAAGAAUGGGCAAAAAUCCCAGUGGCUAGAUGUGCCAAGCUUAUAGAGACAUACCCCAAGAGACUUGCAGCUGUAAUUGCUGCAAAAGGUGGCUCUACAAAGUAUUGACUUUGGGGGGGUGAAUAGUUAUGCACGCUCAAGUUUUCUGUUUUUUUGUCUUAUUUCUUGUUUGUUUCACCCCAAAAAAUAUUUUGCAUCUUCAAAUUUGUAGGCAUCUUGUGUAAAUCAAAUGAUACAAACCCCCCAAAAAUAUAUUUUACUUCCAGGUUGUAAGGCAACAAAAUAGGAAAAAUACCAAAGGGGGUGAAUACUUUCGCAAGCCACUGUACAUGCGACUUCUGAUAUCAGAAUACGAAGAUCGCAUUGAAAAGACGAGUCUAGACGCACAAAAGUUGCUUUGUUGUCUGAUUGUGUUCAGAUCUGGCUGACCACUUCAGGAGGUGGUCAGGGAUACAUUGUGUGCGUCCUCAGUCUGGACGCAAUCAGGCUACUGAAAGCGCAUAACUACAAUGGGCGACAUCAUUAGCACUUCUCCCACAAGUCUCCAUAAAACGUGUGUUUUGGGACUGAGAGACACCUUUUCAUUAUGACAUUGGAGGAAAUACAUUCCUAGCGUGUGAGGAACGUAUUUGCUGGACUCAUAAAUGCUAGCCAGCUAGCUAAUACAGAGGUUAGCUGGCUAGUUAGCUACAGUAGUUAGUUACUGCCAUCAGUAGUUGUUGGUGUUGUGUUAUAAGUAUCCCUCUAGGCUGGGUAAAGUCCUAUUUAUCAGGUAGGGAGCAAGUAGUAGAUGUUAAUGGUUCACUGUCUCAGGCAAAAGCAAUGAGAUGUGGCAUUCCGCAGGGGAGCGUGCUUGGGCCUCUACUGUUUUUACUGUAUAUUAAUUAUAUGAAAGAUGCUUUUUCUUGCCGUGUUUUCCUUUAUGCGGAUGACUCUACACUUCUGGUGUCUCACAAAAGUAAAACUAUGUUGGAGAGCAUACUUAGCAUAGAGCUUACUAACAUUAGCAAAUAGCUUGGCGAUAAUAAGCUAUCUCUGCACUUAGGUAAAACUGAGGCAAUUAUUUUUGGGUCCAGACCUAAAUUGAGUAGGUCCUCUGAAAUCAGAGUGGAGUUAUGGGGUGAGGUGCUGACUACUGAAACCUCUGUUAGCUACCUGCAGGGUUGGGUAGGUUACAUUCUAAAUGUAAUCCGUUAGUUACUAGUUACCUGUCCAAAAUUGUAAUCAGUAACGUAACUUUUGGAUUACCUGAACUCAGUAACGUAAUCAAAUUACUUUUAGAUUACUUUCCCCUUAAAAGGCAUUAGAAGAAGACAAAAAUAAAUAUUUCCAAUUGAAUGGCAUCUAUUGCAGGAUAAAUCAAUGUUAGAGUUUACAUAGUUGGCCAUAAAUGGAUGUUGCAUUUUACUUGAUGAGUUGGUUAUGUAGCUUUCUUCUAACCAAUUGCUUUCUACUACAGAUAAUAAGACCAUUAGGCUAUAUUUGAUUUUGUUUUAUUAGGAUCCCCAUUAGCCGAUGCCAAUGGCGACAGCUAGUCUUACUGGGGUCCGACACAUAACGAAAAAUACAUUACAGACAAAAUACUUUACAAUUUACAUACAUUUAAAAACAUUAACAUGUAGUGUGUGUGUGUGCAUCUAUCAGUUACACAUACAUGUCAGUACAUACACACAACAAGUAGGUAAUAUGGGGGAGAGGCGUUGUGCCAUGAGGUGUUGCUUUAUUUGUUUUUUUAAACCAGGUUUGCUGUUCACAGGUUUGCUGUUCACUCACAAUCAUGGCUCUGUGUAAUGCUGUAUGUUUCCUUGAAUUUGUUCUGGACCUGGGGACUGUGAACAGACCCCUGGUGGCAUGUCUGGUGGGGUAAGUGUGUGUGUCAGUGCUAUAUGUAAGUUGACUAUGCAAACAAUUUUGAAUUUCUAACACAUUAAUGUUUCUUAUAAAAACAGGAAUUGAUGCAGUCAGUCUUUCCCCAGCUCUUAGCCAAGAGAGACUGGGAUGCAUAGCAUUGAUAUUAGCCCUCUGAUUACAAUGAAGAGCAAAAUGUGCCACUCUGUUCUGGGCCAGCUGCAGCUUAACUAGGUCCUUUGCAGCACUUGACCAUAUGACUGGACAAUAAUCAAGAUAAGAUCAAACUAGAGCCUGCAGGACUUGCUUUGUGGAGUGUGGUGUCAAAAAAGCAGAGCAUCUCUUUAUCACAGACAGACUUACAACAAUUCAAUAUUUUUUGACCAUGACAGUUUAGAAUCUAAGGUAACAACAAGUAAUUUAGUCUCCUCAACUUGUUCAACAGCCACACCAUUCAUUUCCAGAUUCAGCUGAGGUCUAGAACUUAGAAAAUGACUUGUACCAUAUACAAUGCUCUUAAUUUUAGAGAUGUUCAGGACCAGUUUAGUACUGGCCACCCAUUCUAAAACUGACUGCAACUCUUUGUUUAGGGUUGCAGUGAUUUCACUAGCUGUGGUUGCUGACGCGUAUAGGGUUGAAUCAUUAGCUUACAUGGACACACAGGCUGAAAUCUAACAGUACAGCUCCCACAAUCUUCUUAUUAUGAAUUUAUUUCAACCAAUCAUCAGUUAAUUGUGUCAGUGUAGUACAUGUUGAGUGCCCUUCUCUAUAAGCAUGCUGAAAGUCUGUUGUUAAUUUGUUUAUAGAUAAAUAGCAUUGUAUUUAAAUGACACUGGCUUCCCUCUAGGCCUGAGGGCAAACACUAUCUUUACAUUAAAAACCAAAGUCUGUCAGAUUUCCAGUCAUUCCAAUUAAUUUAAUACCCCUUGAUCUUCAAGAAUAGGACUUGGAAAUGUGGAAAUAUAGAUUCGCCAAAUUGUUUUACCUGAGCAUAACCCAAAAACGAAGGACUUAUUAGCCUACUCUGUUGUUUAUGCUGCUCUCAUGGAAUGGCAAGCUUGAGCACUACACUCUUAGAAAAAAAGAGUUCCAAAAGGGUUCUUCGGCUGUCCCCAUAGGAGAACCCUUUUUGGUUCCAGGAAGAACCCUUUUUGGUUCCAGGUAGAACCCUUUUUGGUUCCAGGUAGAACCCUUUUUGGGUUCCAUAUAUGAACCCUCUGUGGAAAGGGUACUACAUUGAACCCAAAAGGGUUCUACCUGCAACCAAAAGGGUUCUACCUGGAACAAAAAAGGGUUCUCCAAAGGGUUCUCAUAUGGGGACAGCUGAAGACUUUUAGGUUCUACAUAGCACCUUUUUUUUUCUAAGAGUGUACUGAAAAGUGCUAAAUGUGAAAAGAUUAAUGUCAUAUUCUGCAUUUACUAUAGGCCUAUUGUUGAUGUUUUUGUUGGUGACACUUAGAUAUCUCAAUAAGCUGUUUUAAGUCUAGCAAAAGUGUGUGAGUUUGAGCAUGUGUCCAUUAGGCCUUUGGAUUUUUCUUUUUUUUUCAGCAUGAAUGAGGUUGAGCAAAAAAAGCCCCACUCGUGGUUUUCUUAAAUAAACUCGUUUUUGACAAUAUGGAGGACAAAACCACUGAGGAGUUUAGAAGGGAGGAACUCCCUCAAACUUUUGUUCUAUAGGCUGGGAUCUAUACUAUGCAGCUGCUGCAAGAGUGCAUUUUUCAUUGGUUGUCCACAGGUCGCAAAAACAAUGAUAGGCAGUUAUUAAUAAAUUAAUAAACGAAACUAUCGUAUUUUGCCUAUUUCACCACUUGUAGAAUGCAUACUGGCAUUUUAAUAUAGCCCAGGAAAAGGGAAUCCGGACACACUGUGGACACGGUAGACACAUUUAAAUGUAGGUGUAGACGCAUGACGCGUUCGGAAUUCCAUGAACAGAACUCUAUGAUCAGAAUACUAAAGCUGCGUGAACUGUCAAGUCUAGACACGGCCUAUAUGUAGCAAAUGUAUCUGACGCUGUCUGGACAGAAAUAGUAUGACAUGCCAUACUCUUUUGGUCCAGACAGCAUCAAAUACAUGGUCUCCACAUACUGAGACAGAGGGGCGCUGUUUCACUCGCUUGGACGCUUUAACUGAGAUUGAUGCAUCUUUCUGUCCGUGCAUGUCUCGGUCAAAUAAAUGAUCAAUAUUUCAAUGUUUUAUUUGUAUGGGCAAGGAGGUAUGGUAGGGCGGGCCAGGCCCCCUAAGGCCCGCCCAUAACGCCGGCCCUGCCAGUGGCACUGACUGAAAUUGGUAUAUUGGUGCAAGUUUUUAAGCACACACCUCAAAUAUUGACACCCCUCCCACCACAGAGCAAGUGAGCUGAUGUUAGACAGGUAAAUUGCUGAACCUGGCGUAAGGGGUGGAAAAUGCUAGUGCGGCAGUUUUUACAUGACGAAAUUGCAAACUAAUGUGCGUUUGACACUUGUGUGUUUUCUUAUUCUGGGUGUGUUUUUUGUGUUAUACCCAUGACAGAUUGUCCUACCUGUGUAUAAUGAAUACAUUUAAUUAAUUCCAUUAAAAAAAUAAGAUAAUUGGUGAUAUAAGUCAUGACUCACCCCAUCUGUCUAUGCUGGCUUGUUUUGUUCCUAUCUCCCUCUCUAUGCCCAUUCAGAUUGACAUCCUGAUUAACAAUGGUGGCCGCAGCCAGCGUUCUCUGUGCCUGGAGACCGGUGUGGAUGUGUACCAGGCCCUGAUGAAACACACCUUCCUGGGCACAGUGUUAUUCACCAAGCAGGUGUUGCCCCACAUGAUGCAACGAGGGUCAUGCAGUGUGGUCGGCCUAGCUGCAGCACCACUGGCAACCGGAUACUCUGCCAGUAAACAUGCUCUUCAGGUGAGAUCAAUCAUGGGCUGCCCUCUGCCCGUUUGUAGAUGUACACCAUCUAGACACAUACAUUGAGUGAGACAUGAGAUAAAUCUCUUCUGUCCACAGGGCUUCUUCAAUUCUCUUCGCUCAGAGCUGACUUCCUAAGGAGAGUCAUCAGCACAGAAUGUCCAGGGCCUGAACAGUCACAGAUAGUCCAGUCUUUCAAAUAAUAGUCAUUCAAGUGAACAUGCAUUUUUGUAAAAGUGUUGACAUUAAUUUCCUUCUUAUCCCUUUCCUAUCUAAGGCCAUUCCCACUGCUGGGGACCAGCAACACAAGAUAUCCACUAGUCGUUGUGUGUGUCUCAUCCUGGUGGGUAUAACCGAUGGCGCCAAGGAGAUGUGGAUCGCCCGGCAGACCUUUCUGCUGUUCUACUAUGUGUGGCAGUAUGCUCCCACCUGGGCCUGGUUCAUCACUGACAUCCUGGGCAGGAAGAGGGUGCAGAACUUCUAG